AUGCCUCCUCAACUUCUUCCUGCCUCGGCAGCAGCGUUCGCACCAAGAGCGACUUCCGUUAAUGUCGUGUUAAGUUCAAAGGUCGAGCCGUGGUUAACUCAGACGCUCAAGCGCAUCAACCGAGUCAAGCGUCCUCUCAACAGUGUACCUCAACACCAGAGAUGUUUAACGGAAACGUUAUCAUCGUCAACCGCCAUCUGGACUCUCACUUCACUCAUGUUACAGAAAGCGCCUGAAGCGGACCUGCGCAAAGAUUCAAACCCCCUCGUCGAAGCUUUGUUCAACUAUCAACUCAUCCACGUCGAAGCGUAUAUCGUGCAUGUGGACAUGGUCCUGAGGAAUGAAGUCGCCUAUAAACUCACACCCGACUCCAUCGAAUCGCUUAUUGAGUACCACAAGGAAGUCCAUUGUGUUGACAUCUCCGCCAACACAUACAACUGGUCCGAGAAGGAGCUUCAAGUCAAGAAGAUACAUGAAGAGUUCAUCCAAGCCAUCAACAAGUUUGUCUACCGCACGCAUGUGACCGCACUAGAAGGAUUGGAGGAAGACGGUGCUGGAGAAUUGCUUUGCGGGAAAAGUGAAGAGGUCAAGAACAAUAUCAUGGGUCUUUUUCUCCCACUUUUACCGCCACCUCCACGCAUCGUUGACGUAGUUCGACCACAGCCAUUGCUGCCCAGCUCGCCUGCAGGCGCAAACUGGUGGACACAAUCAACCAUCCAGACGUCAAUUCCAGCGCCGGUCGAUUCAUGGAGAGUGUUGCCAUCUAGUCCAAGCACUACUGCAUCAUCUGAUAACAGUACUCUCUGGGCGAACAUGGCGGUCAAUGAAAUUCAACUCCCAUCACCCACUCCGUCUUUCAGCCAGCCAUUCUCCUCAGCCGGUUACUACUACAGCUCUCCUCCGGUCAGCGCGCCUAUUCCAGCUCUACCAUUACCCAGCAUGCUAGCUCAACAGCCUUGUGGCAUUAGCGUCGGCUAUGGUGGGUUCGGAUGGGAUAGUCGGUUCCAAGACUACGCGACAACCAUGUGA